UGCACAUGUUUUCCCUGCUUUGUAUUUUUGUGAUGCCUUAUUUUACAGACACAACUACUGCUAAAGCCAAAAAUCUCGCUUUAUAUGGCAAGGCCACGCAAGCAUAUUUGGUUGAGAAUCCUUGGGCACCAUAUGGUGAUGCCAGUAACGCCAUUGAUGGCAAUCGUGAUUCAGAUUACAAUCAUGGAUCCUGUACUGCCACUACACAGCUGACUGACCCAUGGUGGAGGGUAGACUUACUUGACAAGUACGUAGUGACCUCCAUAACUGUCACUAACAGAAAAGACUGCUGUCCUGAAAGGCUGGAUGGAGCUGAGAUACGCAUCGGGAACUCUCUGGAUAACAACGGAAACAGUAAUCCAUUGGCUGGAAGGAUUUCAUCCAUUCCAGGUGGAAGAUCCCUCACUUUCAAGUGGAAAAAAGGCAUUGAAGGCCGUUAUGUCAACGUGGUCAUACCCGGGAAUAGACUUCUUACCCUCUGCGAGGUUGAGGUGUAUGGUUAUCCAGCUCCUGACGGUGAAAAUGUGGCUUUAAGUGGAGUAGCUACACAGAUAUCCCUCUAUGGGAAUGCAAUUGCAUCCAAUGCCAUUGAUGGGAACAAAGAUGGUGUCUUCACUCAUGGAUCCUGUUCCUGUACUGAAAGUGUCCUCAAUCCCUGGUGGAGAGUGGACCUACGGAAAACACACAAAGUGUUUCUAGUUGUAAUUACAAACAGAGCAGAUGGUUUUCCUGAAAGAAUAAAUGGAGCAGAAAUCCGAAUUGGAAACAGUCUGGAUAACAAUGGCAAUAAUAAUCCCAGAUGUGCCGUGGUCUCUUCCAUUGCUGCUGGUUUUUCCACCUCAUUUGAAUGUAAUGGGAUGGAUGGACGUUAUGUCAGUAUAGUUAUUCCAGGACAGCAACAAUAUCUUACACUCUGUGAGGUUGAAGUGUAUGGAUCUCCAUUGGACUGA